AUUAUAAUGCAAGAAGCCCCCUUUUUAACCACAAACCGAAUUUUCUUUCAUUUAGGUGAUCUAUAUAUAUCUAUAUCGUAUAGCUUAUAGCUUAUAUCUAUUUUAAAUAACUUAAAGCCGCUAAAAUUUGGGGGGGAACAGCUUUCGCCCUGGAGCGGUGCGCGAUGCUGUCUCAUGCCGACCUCCUGGACGCCAGGCUAGGUAUGAAAGAUGCCGCCGAGCUUCUGGGCCACCGGGAGGCGGUGAAGUGUAGGCUGGGCGUGGGGGGCUCCGACCCCGGGGGCCAUCCGGGGGACCUGGCACCCAACUCUGACCCAGUGGAGGGAGCCACUCUGCUGCCCGGGGAGGACAUCACCACAGUGGGCUCUACUCCGGCCUCGCUGGCGGUGAGCGCCAAAGACCCGGACAAGCAGCCCGGGCCCCAGGGCGGCCCGAACCCCAGCCAAGCCGGCCAGCAGCAGGGCCAACAGAAGCAGAAGCGCCACCGGACGCGCUUCACCCCCGCACAGCUCAACGAGUUGGAGAGGAGCUUCGCCAAGACUCACUACCCCGACAUCUUUAUGCGUGAGGAGCUGGCACUGCGUAUCGGGCUGACCGAGUCCCGAGUGCAGGUCUGGUUCCAGAACCGACGCGCCAAGUGGAAGAAGCGCAAGAAGACGACCAACGUGUUCCGCGCGCCCGGCACACUGCUGCCCACGCCAGGCCUGCCUCAGUUCCCGUCGGCUGCCGCCGCCGCUGCCGCCGCCAUGGGCGACAGCCUGUGCUCUUUCCACGCCAACGACACCCGCUGGGCGGCGGCCGCCAUGCCUGGCGUGUCACAGCUGCCUCUGCCGCCGGCGCUGGGCAGGCAGCAGGCCAUGGCGCAGUCGCUGUCCCAGUGCAGCCUGGCGGCCGGGCCGCCGCCCAACUCCAUGGGCCUGUCCAACAGCCUGGCGGGUUCCAACGGCGCGGGGCUGCAGUCGCACCUCUACCAGCCCGCCUUCCCCGGCAUGGUGCCCGCCUCCCUCCCCGGCCCCAGCAACGUCUCCGGUUCGCCCCAGCUCUGCAGCUCCCCGGACAGCAGCGACGUGUGGCGGGGCACCAGCAUCGCCUCCCUCCGCCGCAAGGCGCUAGAGCACACAGUCUCUAUGAGCUUCACUUAAUGCAGCCGCGCCCCGGCCCGCUCCGCCCCCAGCACCGCCCCCGGGGCCUCCCUGAGGCCCUUCCGGCGCGCAUCCGGACCCCGGACCCCUGCCCCGUCCCGCCCCGGCCUUCGCCCCGUCUCGUUUCGUCCUCGCCUCUCUCUUCCACUCGCUAGGGCUCACCCCAAGCCCCAGCCCGCGAGGCCUCCCCUCCGCCUGAUUUCGAUCGCCCGCGGUUCCCCGUCUCCCGGCCGCCCCUCUUCCCUUCCCACCCAGCUGCGCCCCCGGCCCGGUCUCCAGGGCCUCAGCCCACCCUUCCCGCCACCCUGGCCUCCCUGCUCGCGCUGGCCGUGCUCGCGCCCUCCUCUCGGCCUUCUGACUGGCGGCGUUCCCACCCACACCUUCGACCCGACGCCUACGACCCCCCUCGCCCGCCGCCUCCCCUCCGGUCCCCUCUUUCCCCACACUUCGCGACCCUCCUCCCGCGCCCGGCAAAAAGCAUCCUUCCCGCCAUUUUACGUACCAGGGAGUCGACUCAGGAUCUGAAAUCAGACACCAAUGGACUGGUUUGUGGGCAGAAACACACACACUCGCACUCUCGCUCACGCUCAGACGCUACACACGCGCGCGCACAAGACACGGUGCACCUAGGUCACACACGGACGUGUUCAAGGGACAGCACAAUGUUAGGGAUUUUUGUCUUAAAGGAGGACAAGCAUCUGCUACCAACCGCCUCAUCUGAGGGCCCAACCGAUAUGAUUUGAUUUAUCCUUGUACUCUCCGAGCUCCUGUCUUUCUUUCCUCUCCCACCACGCUACCCUUGCCCAGUCCACCCAGUCACAUCUGUGCAGCCCUCUCUUGGCUUGCAAGAUAACGCUUUUAUUUUUAUUUUAUCUUAUUUUCAUUUUCUUAAGCACAACUGUGUGAGAGUGUAGAAGGGAAGGCUUCUCAGGAGGAACGUGACAGUGGAUUGGGUGGCUGGAGUAGACUAAAGCAGUCAUGUGACGAGGAAGAGGUGAUCUGACCCAUUUUGAUAAGUCUUUAUAAGGAAGAAUAAAAUAAACGUGUAAGCAAAAUUUUCUUUUGUAAAAGCAAAAGCCACAUCUCUUUUCUGGAUCCUUCAGGACUGGGGUUUGUUUGCUUCCUUUUCUGUUUCUGUCUUCUCGCUGCUCUGUGCCCUUGGUUGUUUUGUGGUGGUCCUGUCGUCCCUCGUGCCCCUCGGCCACCUGCUGGCGGCCGAUGGGGUCACUCGGACAUCUACAACCCUGCAACUUUGUACAGAGAAACACAAUCAGCUCUUUCUGCAUGUGCUGGUCAAAUCCAAACCCAGAGAACAGAAGCGCUUUCUAAGAAUGAACAAAUAUGUGAAAUAGGAUGUUUUGUGUAGAUAAAGCAUUCUUGUUACAUACUGGUCAAUUUGUGAUAUGUUUUAACUUAAUGUCUGUGUUUAUUUAUGGAAUUCGGUUUUCUUAAUAAAUGUUUGAGCUAAUAUAAAGCAUAUUAUUUGACUUUUCCGGACAAGUUUAUAUCAAGUUAAAUGUAAAUGGAUAAAAUAAAAUCAUUUUCAGUAUGUGA